GGCUAUGGGAAUGAAGAAAGGAGAAAAAUGGAUUUCAGGGCACCCAGGAGGUGUUGCAGAGUGAGGUCGGCGGGAGGGAGAGAUGGCCGGAAUCGGAGCGUUUUGGGGAACGAGAGUGAUGGAGAUAGUGAAGAAGCACGACUCUGGAGGUCUUGUUUGGAAGAGAAUCAAGCUCACCUCCACUCGCAAAGCCAAUGCCAAGAAGCGUCUCCUUCGCGUUUGGCAGAAUGAAGCUGUUUUGAGAGCAUGUGCUGAACUGCCUCCUUCAGAAACAUCCAAAGUUGUAGCUGAUGAAGCCAGUGAGAAAAAGCAUGUGUAGCCAAGUUAACUGACGAAAUGAGUAAGAAACUAGAUAAACUAGAUGAAGCUUUAAAGAAGUCUCUUUUGUGAAUCUUGGCUUCGUGAUGGAAAAUCUCUUUUGUUAUUCACUUAUUCUUCCAUAUCUGAAUUUAGAUGGAUAGCACAAGUGACCACCUUGUUAUCCUUUUGUGAGACUAGAGUAUGUAAACUUGUUGUUUGUUGGAUUAAAGCGAUAUUAAUCCUGUAUGGUCUCAGAAACCUGUGUAAACAUUAGCUAGUCUGUCAGAUUAUUCUAAAAACUUGCUUCCCAAUUAUGUUAACCAUUAAACUGGAAGCCUCUUUUAUUCUGUUUCUUUAACUCCAUACCUUUUGCUUCUUUGUUCCUGAUCAUGUUCUUCAUUAGCACGUUCGUUAUCAAUGAUAAUAAUCAAUGCCCUUGAAG